AUGUAUGUCUUUAUAGAAAUAAAAGGAAAUUAUGAGCAGGUGGAGCAAUUUAAAAAUAUUAGUUAUUUUUUUGUUGGCUAUUGUUUGGUUAAACAAUUUAUUAUUUUCUUUAAUGAUGAAGGAAAACCGAAAAUAAGAAUUUUUAAAGGAAAUCAGUCAUUUAUGUCUGAACAUGCAGCUCUAAUUGGAAAUAUUUUGGGCAAAAGAAGUGUGGAUAUUGAGUAA